AUGGUCACCGUAUUCAGGAAGGACGAGCCGGUGCUGUACCGAACUGAUGAUGGCAAAUUCUGGGUUGGCGCGAUCAAGGAGUACCGCAAGUCUUCUGUCGUGGGUGGAGACCUUCUGUACACAUUGUCCUUCCCAGAUGGAACGACUCUUGGCUCGGUACCUUAUAGUUCACUCUGGGUUUAUGAUAAGCGCAUCGCGGUGCAGCAGGGUUCACCACCUGGUGCUCAGUGA